GGGUCCGCCAUUAUUCUGGAGGCCGUUUCGUCAAAAGAAGAACGUACAAAAACAGGAACAUUUUACCAUUUUUAUAUUUAAGACGUCACAUUGGCUGCCCAAAAUGGCAGAAUUGUGUCCCUAGUUGUGCAAGCGACCUGGAUGGAGGGUUCAAGCCCGCCGAUGGGCUGUAAUUCGCUGCGAUAUCUCCGAUAAAAUGACCCCAAGGAGCUUGUGGUAACCAUGCAGAGGGGAAGCAGUGACGACAGUCAAAGCGGGGUCUACCACAAGCUGGGGUCUCCGCCACAACAACCUCAACCACAGCAACAACAAACCACUCAGCGAUCGAUAGACCUGUCACAAGGUCUCCCUUCGCACUCAUCGGGAUAUGCUGUCCCACAGCAUACCCUCCAACAGUACCUCAUCAACCCAGUUGCAGGUGUACAAGGGGCACAGGUUGUUGCCUCAAGUCGCCCGAUUCAAACGUCGCCCAUACGGGUGCCAGCUCAGCAUGCACAGGUGUCACCUUCAGCAGUUGUCCUGCAGCAGCAGCAGCAACAGCAGAAUCAUCAGGACGUCGCCAGGCAACAAGCCUUCAUGCAACUGGCAAGUCUGCGGACCCAGCUCAUUGCAGGCACGUCGAAUCAGGUGAUCAAUCUGCAGCUGAGUCCUGGCUUUGUGGAUCCAAGCACUGGUCUCUCUAUGCAGCAGAUGAGUGUCAAUACUCCACCAACUAGCAUCGGGACCACAAACCCGUAUGUUUUUCACAACACCCCUAAGCUAUUUUCAUUAGGAGAGGAGCCCCAGAUAUCGCAAGAGCAAAUUCAACUACAGUCCUUGCUGCUGCCCAGCCACCAUCAACCAGUGGGAACCAUACACCACCAUGGUCAAGGCUCGCCCAGAUCUACCAUGCCACCAUUGUCAAGUUCCGGACUCAACUUUGGCGCAGCACGGAGAAUGAGCAGCCACAGUCCCACACGAGGUGCACCGGACCGGAAGAGCCCCACAGCCGGUGGCGGUGCCUACCACAGAAGUCUGAGCAGCCCAGCACGGACAAACCCUAUACCGUCCAGUCCAUCGCGAAUGCGCAAAUCCCCACUGAUGGCCUCUGAAACAGACCAUCCCCCCGCCACCAAUGAGGUGGCUGAACUGAGAACUCGUUUACUCGAGCACAAACUCAAAACCUUGCAUGACUUGCAAGAAGGUUACAAGGAGAGAUUAAUAGAGCUGUUCUUCUUGGAGAAUGGACACAACAUGAUGGAUUUCAUAGCGUGGAAGAAACGGCCAAGUCCAACUCUGCAUAACUACAUGAUGAAUCACAAACUGGAAGGCCGUGAAGAAGAGAUCACAAUCAAUGAUGAGGUAAAAGUCAUUACCAACAGUGGUAGCACCCGACCACUGAGCACACCUGUGGCCAUCUCAACACAGCUUCCUCCUGCAGUAUCAGCAUUAUCAUCACAGAUAAAGGCCAAGGAGCUACGCAAAAGCUUCCCUGGUGCCCUGCCAACUGCUAGUCCCGACAUGGACAGGAAGAGGACAUACAGCCAAGCAGGUCUUGAUAGCAGUAAUACACCUGAGAGAAAACCCCUCGGGUUUCCAUCUUCACAUGAGCCCAACGUCACUCUUAGCCAGAAGACCAUCAUUCCAAUUCCAGCCUUACCAGGGAGUCAACCAUCACCACUAUACAAACAGCACAAGCAGCUUGCAGCAGGCCAGCACCAGCACCACGGUACGUCAAACCGCAGUCAGAUUGCUGCAGCGGUUGCAUCCUCGUCUACCAUGCGGACGUCGCUCGGCGUUCCUCAUGUACGACGGGAGCCAAAGUCACCACCUACAGCAAAGCACUCAUUACACCAACUGAAGGCACCAACCAACAAACCCCUCACAGUUAAUACAACAGCAAGCACUGAAGUCACCAGCACAGCACCAGUCGGAGGCAGCUUGUCGCCCCGGCGCCACUCCAGUGGCUCGGCCACCGGGACACCGCCAAUCAAGCUGCCGAAGUCGCCCAUCUCGCCGAACGCACACCAGCGGUUGGCCACCAGGCAGCACUCACUAUCUGCUGUGUACGAUUACACCAUCGGAUCUCAGGAGAUGAUUGUUGAGCGUGCCAAACAGGAAGCCCAAGUGAUGCAGAGGAUAGCUGAACUACGGAAGGAAGGCCUUUGGUCGGCCAGACGUCUUCCUAAGGUUCAGGAGCCUCCCAGGCAUAAGACCCACUGGGAGUACCUCCUGGAGGAGGCACAGUGGCUGGCGACUGACUUCAUCCAGGAGAGGCGGUGGAAGAAAGCUGCUGCCCGAAAGUUGGUGCGUGCCGUAGCAAGAUUUCACCAGGAGAAGCACACCAAGGAAGUGAAGGCAGAGAGAGAAGAGACCCAGAAACUGAGGAGGAUCGCUGGGAACAUCGCAAAGGAGAUCAAGACCUUCUGGUCAAACAUUGAAAAGGUAGUGCAAUACAAGCAGCAGAGUCGGCUUGACGACAGGAGAAGGAAAGCAAUGGACAUGCAGCUUGAUUACAUCGUCGGCCAGACCGAGAAGUACUCUUCCUGGCUGACGGAGGGACUCAAUCUGAACGCAGCAGGGUCUGCACAAGGCUCUGUGGCCUCGAGUCCGAGAUCUGAUCCUAGCGUUGCAACACCAGGAGAUGAUGUGGACUUCCAGCCAGAGGGUGAUGAAUCCGACGAUGAGGAAACCAUCGACGUCGAAGAGAGGGAGGCAGAGGAUGACCAAGAUGCUCACAAGAAGGAGUUAGAACUCCUCCAGAAGGAGAGUGAAGUCCCCCUUGAAGAUCUCAUUGGCAGCCUUCCUCCGGAGAUCCUUGAAGAUGGUAAAGAGGAGAAGAAAGAGGAGUCGAAAGAUGGAGAGAAGACGGAGGAGAAGGUGAAGAAACAGGAGGAGGAAGAGCCGGGCUUGAGUGAAGUGACCAAAGAAGUGGAAGAGGAAAGCAAAGAGAAGUCAUCCUCGGCAGAUGAAGAAUUUGUGCCAUCAACAGACGAUGAGGAUGAAGAAAUGCCGGAUGAUGAGGAAACGUUGCAAGAGCAAGAGGAAACCGAGGGUACUACAGACCACACUGCUGAGGUCGCUGAGCUACAGGCUGAGGGAGAGAUGACCAUGGAGGAACUCCUCAAGAAGUACAGCGGGGCGUACGAUGACGACUUUGAGAUGCCGCUGUCUGAGGAGGAGGAGGAGGAAGAUGAAGGGGAACAAGAAGAUGAAGAAACGGAAGAAGAGGAAGAGGAUCUUGGUACAGACGACGAGGAAUCUGAGCUGACUGAUAUCGGGAUGGAAUACCUCAUCAAUCCGGACAAGGAGAACGAAAAGUCGGCUGGGGCCGUAACCCCAGCUGCCGCCUCCCAGGCUAAUCCACAGGACCCUGGGCCCAACAAGGAGAUCACUGAUAUAGCAGCGGCUGCACAGAGCCUACAGCCUACUGGGUAUACACUGUCUACAACACAGGUGAAGACGCCCGUGCCAUUCCUUCUCCGUCACAAGCUGCGCGAGUACCAACACAUCGGUCUUGACUGGCUGGUUACCAUGCACGAUAAGAGAUUAAACGGGAUCCUGGCCGACGAGAUGGGACUGGGCAAGACCAUACAGACCAUCGCGUUACUGGCCCACAUGGCCUGUGGACUAGGUAACUGGGGUCCUCAUCUUAUUGUGGUACCCACCAGCGUAAUGCUGAACUGGGAGCUAGAGUUCAAGAAAUGGUGUCCUGGCUUCAAGAUCCUAACGUACUUUGGCUCGCAGAAAGAACGUAAACUGAAGAGACAGGGUUGGACCAAGAGCAAUGCAUUCCACGUUUGCAUCACAUCCUACAAGCUGGUCAUCCAGGACCACCAAUCCUUCCGCAGGAAAAAAUGGAAGUACCUUGUCCUGGACGAGGCUCAGAACAUCAAGAACUUCAAAUCGCAGAGGUGGCAGACGUUACUUAACUUCAACAGCCAGCGUCGCCUCCUCCUGACCGGUACCCCCCUUCAGAACAACCUGAUGGAGCUCUGGUCCCUGAUGCACUUCCUGAUGCCCCAUGUCUUUGCCUCACAUCGGGAGUUCCGAGAGUGGUUCUCUAAUCCGCUGAGUGGGAUGAUUGAAGGGACGCAGGAGUACAACGAGGGCCUCAUCAGACGUCUUCAUAAGGUAUUGAGACCAUUCCUUCUGCGGCGUCUGAAGUGCGAAGUGGAGAAACAACUUCCCCAGAAGUAUGAGCACGUUGUGAGAUGUCGACUGUCUAAGAGGCAACGUUUCUUAUACGAUGACUUCAUGUCACAAGCCAAAACCAGGGAGACACUUUCUUCGGGCCAUUUCAUGAGCGUCAUCAACGUCCUGAUGCAGUUGCGCAAGGUGUGCAACCACCCCGACUUGUUUGAGUCUCGACCGAUCCAGUCCCCCUUCAAGAUGGAAGGCAUCCGUUACUACACGGCCUCGCUGAUUACCAAGGCUCUGGAGCAUGACCCUCACAAGAAUGUCAGCCUGAAUGCUCUCAGAAUGUGCAUAGCCAACCUGGAGAUGAUCCUACCUGCCUACGCUGCUCACCGCAUCAAACAGCUACAGACGCCCCGCCCACUCAUCGAGGAGAUCGACUCUGCCCCCGACCCGCCACCUCGUCCCCAGCCCAUGAAGUUCAAGCCGGGGAAGCUGUUCCCACCACCGGCAUCUGCUGUGAGUCAGGCACAGAAAGACUCGGCGGCAACCGUCCCCACGGAGCGAGUAUCCCCCGUGCCUGCUGAGCAGAGUAAAGCCUCGCCGGUCGUCGUCAGUCAGCCGAUGAAGACUGCAGUCACUACCACAGCAGGUCAGUCCACGCCGACUGUCAGCCACGUGCUGGUUAGGUCGGCUGCGGGAAUUCAAAUGCUGAGAACAACAAGUACGCCAACACAGGGUCGAAGUUCACCGAGUGUCUCCUUGGCUGUGGUCAACUCCACCCCCUCCUCAACGGGUAUGCCCUCGUUGACAUUGGUGUCCCACCCUGUGGUACCCAGUAGUACCCCUCUGCAGCAGCUACCGGGGUACACUGGGAUCGUGUCGUCUGCAGGUACCUCACCGGGUCAGCAACGAUUCUAUCUGCAGCAGCAGACAUCUGGCGCAGGACGGGGACAGUUUGUUACCACCCAGCCAAUAACUGUUCAGCUCCAAGGUGGGUCUGGUACCCAAACUACCAAGAUAGCACUACCUGCGAGCCAGAUCAGACAGAUGUCUCAGAGUGGGAUUGUGCAAAUUGUUCAGACGCCAAGCGGUCAUCAAAUCUUGCGACCAGCUGUUCGGUUUACAUCACCCAGUACAACCCAACAACAGCAGCAGCAGAAUCCAUCUCGCUCCAGUCCCGUACCCAUCCAAAUGACCCUGCAGGCCACCUCCCCGCAGAUACCCGGUAGCAUCCUCAACCAAGGGUCAGUGACAACAAGCCAGACAAGCUUGGCCCAGAGCCAGGCACAGACUGUCAUACAGGCCCUGGCGCAAGCGGUGACGCAGGCGUCAUCAGCGGGCCAGGCCACCUCUACAUUCUCCUCCCAGCAGCUUCAAUCAGUACUCGCACAGCUGCAGCGACAGCAGCUGCAGCAACAGCAACGGAAACUCCAACAGCAGCAGCAGCAGCAGAUGGCUGUGCAGUCGCAGGCCACAAGCACGGCUACCAUCUCGUCCACGACCCAGUCGAUCAAACUGACUCCACAGCAGAUCACCAAACCCAUUGCGUCUGUGGCGCCGAUGGUGAACGUUACCCUUUCACAAGUGGGAGGUAUCAAGCCUGUGUUGGCCCCGACUGUAGUACAACCUAAACCACAGACGCCCAGCCUGCAGAUGCCUACACCUCAGAAACCAGAUACACCCAAAGAAAGGAUUCAGGAAGGCAUAGCUAAAACCACUACAGCAGUGCCCUGUUCAGCAGUGACCUCUCCGCCUCCACUCGUAGCGAUCCGUCCCCACUACUCCGCCCCACAGGUCAAUCCAAAGGCCAUUCCCAGUCCCACUAUGCAGCCGGUCUUAAAAAUCCGCCCCCUGAGCAACGUUAGCAUAGCAAAGGCGACAGGAGGGCCCAAAGUUUCCGUGACGACAGCAGGAAGCCGGCCAGCGGUAAAGGCAUCGAAUCUGAGGAAAAAGGCACAAAAAGAUAAAGACUCACCGUUUUUCUUAGAAUCUUUACACCAGGAUGGCAUCAAGGAGCGCAAGUCCACACUGGCCAGACUAGCCAAUCUGAACCACAUCCGCUGCAACACCAAACCAGCCUACGGCAGCGACCUCCGCUCGGCCGUUUCAAUCUUCAACAGUUCCCACCCGGCAGGAGAAGAGCGGCCCUUUGCUAGCUGCACGGGGCUGUUCCAUUGCCAGGGGAUUCAUGGCCUUCCCUUUCCAUACAAUACGGAGGCACGGAUUUCCCAAACAAGUACGUUGAGGAGUCUGGUGAAGACGCCGGAGGUUAUCAUUGAUGAUUUGAAGGAGAUCAUUAAGAGGUAUGUGAUGAUGGUGCCCAUGGCCACCUCGCCCCCCAUCACCAUGCACGUGUCUCACCCCGCCCCAUCGGUACUCCACCAGCAGAAGGUGCUUAGCGAAACGAUGCGUAAGGAGUUGACGCCCAGGCUGUCGUGUCUGCAUCCCAUCCAGUCUGGAAUGGUCAUGCACUUCCCUGAGCUGAGACUGAUCCAGUAUGACUGCGGCAAACUUCAAAGUCUAGAUUUCCUCCUGCGGAAACUAAAGCUGGGCAGUCAUCGUGUUCUGAUCUUCACCCAGAUGACACGUAUGCUGGACGUACUAGAGAGCUUCCUUAACUAUCACGGCCACAUCUACGUCAGACUGGAUGGAACCACCAAAGUGGAACAGAGACAGGUUCUAAUGGACCGAUUCAACAUGGACAAGCGCAUCUUCUGUUUCAUCCUGUCCACCCGUAGCGGUGGUCUUGGCAUCAACUUGACCGGUGCCGAUACUGUUGUCUUCUACGACAGUGACUGGAAUCCUACCAUGGACGCCCAGGCACAAGAUCGCUGCCACAGGAUUGGACAGACACGAGACGUUCACAUUUACAGGUUGAUCAGUGAAAUGACCGUAGAGGAGAACAUCUUAAAGAAGGCCAAUCAGAAGAGACUAUUGGUUGACGUGUCCAUCGAGGGAGGCAACUUCACCACAGCAUUUUUCAAAACAAACACCAUUACGGACAUCUUCAAUCUGAGCAACAGACGAGAAGCUGAGCCUGUCCUCAUCGAGGAGAUGGACAUCCCAACAGGGAAGGAGCCUAAGGUAGCCAAGCCUGAAAAGGCUGUCGAGCCUGAGAAGGCAGACAAGCCUGAGCAAGCAGCGGCUGCUGAGGCUCAGGCUGUCAUGACGCAGAAUCAGCUAGAACAGGCUUUGGCUAAGACUGAAGAUGAGACGGACGUCAAGGCAACCUCCAAGGCUCUUGCCGAGCAAGAUGCUGAUCUGGCCGAGUUUGAUGAGACAAUACCCUACGAGGGAGAAGAGGGGACCAAAUCCAAAGACGACGUCUCCAAGGUGGAGAUUGAGCUUGCACAGCUGGAUAAUCAAUUGACCAACAUUGAGAAGUACGCCAUGAAGUAUCUGGAGUCUACGCUUGAACCGAUUGCUAUGGAUGAGAUGUUGGAAGCAGAGGAACAAGUAGAGUUGGCCAAGAAAGAGUGGGAACUGGAGCGCCUGCAAGCUCUGAAGGAGGCCGAGGAGAGAAAGGCUGAGCUCGAAGAGGACGAGAUCUUUUUCACCUACACCAAUGAGGAGUCUAAAAAUAAGGUGCAUAAGAGUAGAUCUAAACAGGGUGGUGGUAAUAAGUCUAAGAGUAAUAGUCAAAAGAGCAGUAGGGCAAACAGUAGGUCCAGUAGUAAAGAAAGAACCGCGCGACAAUCCCAGACAGCACCGGGGCGCAGCACGCGGCGCAAUCCAAAGGCAGAUGCCAUAGAUGAUUCUGGCCCUAGGUCCCCGGUGACGAGGUCGGUGGGUACAAAAUCCCCACCUCCUAUCCCUCCAACUGCAUCACUCUCCCCUAAGUCGCCUCUGGCUCGGUUGGCCCCAGCAAAGUUGCCGUCUAAGAGGGCAGAGAAGACCCCCAAGUCCAAGAAGUCAUCUGCGAAAGAGGGAGGUAAAGCCAAAGAGCCGAAGACGAGUAAGGCGUCGAAAAGGAAAGCAGAAGCUGCAGCUGCUGCUGUUGAGAAUCAGCUCCAAGAGGUGAUUGUAGACGGUGUAGAGCGAAGCUGCAACUCCCCAAUGGAUUUAUCCUUGACGGGACCCUCUUCAAGACUACCCGUUUCCUCUCACUCCAGAGUUGUGUGUAACCCUCAAGGGGUGUUGAUGAACGUCCAUCCGUCGGGUGCCAUGUCUCCUACAAUAAAUAUUCCCGUUGCCCAUUCAUCUGUUGGGAAUCACGACAGUGUCCAGCCGCUGAACUUAUCUCCUCGAGGGAAUCAACCACUGCUUCUUAGACAGGCCGACUUGCCUCCAGUCCCUGAUUUGGUGUCUCGCCUUGCAGCCGAUGUUCAUUCCUCACAUCUCCAGACACCAAAGCUUCCUGCUGUUCCUCUGUUAAUACCUGGACAUCCUAUGUCGUCUAUUUAUUCCACGACGUCUCCACCCCCAAAUCCAACGAACCAAAUAACAUCCGUUGUUCAAAGUAACUUGGAGGCUCUUCGUAAGCAGCAUCCGUCUUUAUCAUCAGCCAGUCUAAGACCCCUAACCACAGCUCAACUUCUGGCCCUGAACAGAGCGCAACCAAACGUAGCUCCCAGACAUCUGUUGCAGCAAGGCAUUCAAGGGGUGUCGUCUCCAAGACCAAGAAUGCCAAACCAAUCCCAAACUCUACCUAACCCACCUCCCCUACAGUCAACGCAAUUUCAGAGGCAUCCGCAGCCCAUCUCAACACAGGCGGCACUGCUUCAGCAACACUAUCAGCUGAAGGGUCAGUCACGGCCCCAAGUGGCAUCCCAUAUGCAAAACUUACAGUCUCAGUACUACCAAAACGAACAGGCUCUGUUGAAGUUACAAGGUGGUUCGCAAGCAUCAUUACAGCAGGGUUCACCUAACCAAACUCAAAGUCAGUCCCAGAUGCCGAUCCUAGCAAGACUGCAGAUGCUGACCCGGCCAGGCCUCGGUCCGCAAGUACAACAACCUGCACUUCGCCUUUCCUUGGCCACACAUCCAACUCAGGGUCAGGGUUUGGUGCAUCAACAGCCCCUUGGAACAGCUCAGCUGCUGGGCGCACAAGGCCAACCUAGACAGAAGGGUCAGCCGAUACUGGCACGAUUUGAGUUGUUGCCAGCAGGCCCAUCCCAACCACGCAACAGAUUCAACACCCAGGUCAUACCCCAGUUACAGCUACACACUGUCCCUCACAGACAUCCAGCUCAGCCACAGCUUCCAGUGCACAGACAUCCACUACGUGCACCGACGAUAAACGCCCAAGCUCUGUUACAGUUGCAGUCUCAGAAGCAAGCUGUUCGGCAGACUGCUGGAAAGCCACAAACCAUAGCACAAGCCUUGGCCAAGAGUGUCUCCGUUCCCAGAGCAUCGGCUCCUUCCCAAGUGAUAGGAUCUCUUGUCCCUUCACAGCCAACCAGAGCACAAGUGGCUUCAACAGUUGGCAAUCAACCACAAGUAUCAAGACAAAUACCACAGACAGUUACGUCACAACCACAAGUUUCUGGAUCAGGCAUUUUGCGACCUCCUGUUCCGGGAUCAUUAGUAGCCCGUCACCCGCAAUCGGCUGGAUCACACAUUUCCCUUCCACCUCGUGUUGUACAUACAAGUCUAUCACCCUCACAAAGGUUCAAUGCCCCAUCCCAGCCUAUUGGGCAUUCUUCCUCCGAGAUUCCUUUCACAGUCUCCUUGUCACCAAAACUACAGAUGCCAAUACUGUCCCAGGCUGCCGUCAGGCCCCCGCCCACAACAGUAUCAGAGCCACUUGUUGAACAUAAAGAGAUUCGACCGAUACCACUUUUAGAGCUGGCUCACGAUGUGUCUCAUGGAUUGGUAGUCGAUAAAACCUCGGAUCAAGUCGAGCCACAGAUUGCAAUGGAUGUUCAACGUUCUGAAACUGCUGUUCAAGCCUUGGUAGCUCGGAAGGUGCACAUUGACGCUGCAGGUGUUCCCAGGGAAGCAAACCCUGUGCUUAGUCUCAAUUCCCAGCCUGUUCAACAGGACAAAACACCGGUCCGAUUACCCAGUCAGUCGUUAUCAGAGCAAAUGUCUCCUGAAAUGCAGGUGGAAUUGCUUCUAAAUCUUCAGACCACGGGUGUGAUUAAGACACAGGCAGGAGGAGCCCAUACACUAUCACAGGUGUCGCCACAGGCUCCGAUACUACAAGCUGAAUCCAAAUUCCAUGGACAUACUGAGCCAAUUCAAGUGCAAGUCACAUCUAACCCGGAAUCAGAAAAAAAUGCUUUGGAAGAUCUUAAACUUAUUUUAGAAAAAGGGACUACACCUUCAACCCAAACUGAGAUUCCCAAGCCAUUCUUAGGAGAACAAGCACCAAAUGAGUCGUCCAUACCAUUGAUCUAUUCCAGUCCCCAGUCCUACCCGACCAAGCGUUCCCCAAAUCCAACACAUUCGCCUCCUUCCACGCAAUCCUCCCCUAACACUCGGUCCCCACCUCUGCCUGCUCUUUCCGAUUCUCCUGAGCCACUGGAUCUUUCACCAACACUUCAACAAAAGAACUCUCUAGUCACGACGAACCAAGGACUACACUUAGAUCCAGUGAACACGACAGCAGAGUCGAUACCACUGGUUAACUCGGCACCCAAAUCAGAAAACAAUGGACAACGCAACUUGUUUGAAAAUCUCCAAAGCCCAUUGCUUGCUGCUCCCGAGUAUAAAACACCACAAGCAGUGAUGGGGGAACGAAGUAUCAAUGAUGUAUUGACAAAUACCAACCAGCCACAGGGCAAUAUCAACUCUGAAUAUUCUGCACAGAGCUCCACUAAACCAGGCAGUAGUAGUCCCGAACAGCGCAACAUCUUCAAGUUGUUCUCUUCCAUGAUGAAAUCACCGGGUCCAAAAUCAACGAGUCCCACAGCAUCCCCACCAUCUGAACCCUUACCAUCUGAACCCUUACCAUCCAAUGUCUUGGUACCAUCAUCACCAACUGCUUUGGAUCUGGCCAUUUCAAAAUCAUUAACCAUCCCAAGCCAAACGCCUGAAAACUCCAAGAGUAACUCUAACCUGGUUGUUGUACCUGCUGCCAACGACGGUCCAGUCCAGCCACUAACCCCUGUUGAGAAUUACACUGAUGCCUCUAGCUCAGACGGGGCUACUUCAGAAAGUACAAAGGUCCCCACCCCUCAGCAGCUCGCGAAGACCGCCCUCAAGCAAAAACUUGCCAAAAUACAUCAGCUCCCUGUAGUAGAUAAAACCGCAGGCCCUCGAACCCGCGCAAAAAGUGGCGCUGAGCUAGCGGAUAGUUUGAUACGGACUCGAUCUCGAGGCCGGCACCACUCGGCCAGCCCUUCGUUAUCUGUUCGAGAUUUAAUCAACUUAUCAAGGGGUAGUUCAAGGAGCAGUUCAAGGGAGAAUUCAAGGGAUGUCUCCCCCGCAAGGGGUGGCGGAACUCCCAGUCAAACUGAUAACACUCCCAAAGUUAAGCGAGGUAGGGGGCGCCCUCGUAAAAAUCCGGUACCCAGUUGACAUUAAGGUCGUUAUUUUUAGGUUAUUUAUUUAAAGUGACAAAAGGCAUGCAGGGAAGCUGGAUUUCAAUCUGUGUAAAAAUGUUUGUAUGAAAGGGGGGGGGGAGAAGGAGAUAUAUAAUUGAGAAGUGGAUGUUUUGGUAUUGGUGUUAACGAUUCAAGAAUCACAUGCAUUUCUUUGUGUUGAAAUUGAUUCUGUGUUGAAAAAGCUCUUCAUCUAGCGUUGUGUUUUUUUGACACUUUGAAAGCUAUUUUCCCUGAUAUCGUAAUGUACUAAAGGAUAACUGUUGGUGUUUAGAUGUAAAGAAAAGGAGUAUUUGUCAAAAGAAAGUAAACUGCGUUAUACAAAAAAUUAACAGUCUGACCGUUACAAAUGUUUGGAAUAAUGCAGUCAAUUCAACCGUUCAAUCAAGGAAUAGCUUAACAUUUUUAUUUCUGGUCUUUUGAUAGUUUGUUUUAUACCUAAAAGUAUUCAAUUGGCUGGCAUUCAUGGCAAAAAAUCGCUUAAAUUUUGCACUAGUUGUUUUGAUUUGUUCUUUAUAUCAGGGACCAUGAACAUAACAAAUGUAAGUGGUCAUAAUCUCUCUUUAUUAUGCUCUUUGGGUGUACAGUAGGCAUGAUUGUCCAGACAGUUUUGAUCCCCAAAAAAGAUCUGGGAUUCAUGACAGAUUUGGGUGGGUUUUUAUUACACGUAGAAAGACCAAGCUCAAAAAAAGGGUUACCCUAUGAAAAAAAUGUGUUGAAAACUAACAGGCAAAGCUGUAUUGAUAACAAAGACUGCUCAAAACAUUCUGUAGUGAUUAGGUUUUUAAAAUGUAUUAUGAAAUCACUUUACAAUCUCGAUUAUUGAUAUCUGGAGGUAUUCUGCAGUAAAUCGUGCACGACAUCCCAUUCUGAGUUGACUCUUAUAGAAAUCUAAAAACUUUAUUAAUUUGAAGGAUUAUUUAAACCUUAAAAAAAGCCAAAAAAUGUUUAUUCUGCAUAAUGUGUUCCCAGUAUUUUUGUAUUGAUAUAGCGAGACGGAAGAAGAGAAAAAUGGGAUUAAUAAAAACAACAAAUAUAAUGCUUGAGAAGAUAAAAACUAAAGAAAACUGUUUGUGUCUUUACUUCUGUUGGUUUUUUUAAUGCUCUGAGUUCGGCC